UGGCGGCGCGCAUGAUCCGAGCUGUGAAGCGUCUUGUCCCGCAGGAGAGCAGUUGGCUGCUGGCCGCAGGCUGGCGUGGAGAGGCGCGGCGGCGUCACCACCGCUCCGCGGGCCCUCCGCCGCGCUACGUCCCCCGCAGGGCGGUCCUCUACUGCCCCGGCAACGACGAGCGAAAGCUGAGGAAGCUGGCCUCGCUGGACGUGGACUGCGCGGUGUUGGACUGCGAGGACGGCGUCGCCCUCAGCAAGAAGACAGAAGCCAGAGAGACGAUUCCCAGGAUGCUGGAGGAGCUGGACCUGGGCCGCACUGAGAAAUGCGUGAGGGUGAACUCGGUGUCCAGCGGUUUGGCCGACGCUGACCUGCAGGUCAUUCUGCAGGCGAAGGUUCUUCCUCCCGCCGUCAUGUUACCAAAAGUCGAGGAUGUUCAGGAGGUCCAGUGGUUUGUUGACAGGUUUCAGCACAACUUGAAAGGACGGCCACUGACAGAACCCGUCCGCCUGGUCACCUUUGUGGAAACCGCUGUGGGCCUGCUCAAUUUUAAGGCCGUGUGUGAGGAAAUUCACCGUCUUGCGCCGAAGGCAGGUCUGCAGCAUGACGGCGUCGUGUUUGGCUCUGAUGACUUCUGCGCCAGCAUCGGUGCCACCAGGACCAAGGAUGCCAGGGAGCUGCUUUACGCCAGGCAGAAGGUCGUGGUGACCACCAAAGCCUUCGGGCUGCAGGCGAUCGACCUGGUCUACAUCGACUACAAAGACGUGGAGGGGCUGCGGCGGCAGGCCAGAGAGGGCGCGCUCAUGGGCUUCACAGGUAAGCAGGUCAUCCACCCAGGCCAGAUCCAGGCUGUGCAGGAGGAGUUCUCCCCCAGCCCGGAGCGGGUCCAGUGGGCCACAGAGCUCAUCGCCGCCUUUGAACAACAUCAAAAAGAGGGAAAGGGCGCGUUCACCUUCCGCGGCAGCAUGAUUGACAUGCCCUCGCUGAAGCAGGCUCAGAACAUCGUGACGCUCGCCGCCGCCGUGCCGGGGAAGUGACACAGCUGCUCUGAAGACGGGGCGGGAACCCCGCCACCGCGCCCUGACAGCACAGGCCAAAGGAAGCACUGCAAAUGUUCGCAGGUCCCGUGACGAAAAUAGAAAACUUCUCAGUCAGUGUCACUCUGCCUGAUGUACAGAUACGAUUCACACGCCGGGUUUAUUUUGGGAUGAUUUGAUGAAUUUGAGUUGAUUGUAAGCUCUGGAUCCAGGCAGCACGUUUGCCUCUUGUGCUCGCUGUUCCCCCGUGGGCCUUUCUUGGCGAGCCCCGCGGUCCGUGCCCAUGCCUCCAGUCUCUCCGGGGUCGUGAUGAAUGCUCCCCCGUCUCCACGGUCCGGGGCAACUGAGCGAAAGGGUAAACAAACACAACAAGCCACUGUUGAGGAUCCAUUCAGCAGGCCUCAGCCCCCUGCCCGGGUCCUGACUCCUUCACAUCAAAGUCCUGCUCGCUCAUAAAGAAGGGGGAAAAAAAAAGGAAAACCUUACAGAUGGAAAUGCGUAAACUCACAAUUUAGUAAAGGCAUGCGGCCGUGUUUGACCUGCGGCCGACGGCGCGGCGAUGGAGCAGGCACGUGGCGUCGCCAACGCCACGACCUGCGUGAAAAAACAGGAAACGCCGCUUUUACAUCAACCUCAUCUCAAACUAAUUAAUCUGCCCGGCGAUAAAACUUUAAAAAUGAACUCCUUAAUGAGUCCAGUAAAGAAGUUUGUUGUCUCGUCACAAACGGCGGCACAAAGGGGCUUUGUGGAGCACUUGUCCACGUCUGACUCGCAGAGACAGUGAAGUGGGUGUGAUGCUGGAAUGAGACAGAUUAGUGGCCAUGUUGCUCCAGCAGACCAGGACCGGGGCUUUGUCUCUGUGACUGUGGAUGGGAGGAUAAUUGGGGGGGUGUUGAAUGGUUAAUAGUGCCAUUGGUGACCAUGGUAAUGAAAGGCGCCAUACCUCCUCUACCCCACCUCAUCCACUCAUCUCUCCCUCUCUCUCUCCCUCUCUCUCUCUUACUGUAUGAUCUAUUGUGUCUGGGGCAGGGCUGGUGUCUGUGCCAGGGCCAGGCCAGACAAAAAGAUCGAAGCCACUCCUGCGUCCAGCCGCAGACCAACAGUAAGCCGUCUCUCUGGCAUUCGGCCACAUAUUUCUCCCACCCCUGGUUCGCUUCUUUCUGUCCUGAAUACACAUUCAGCUUGUUUGUUUGUUUUCACCCGAUCUGCUAUUAUACGCCGAGGUCGGCGGACAAAACUGCUAUUAUGUCUGACAUCCAUUAAAUAAAUUCUGAACAUCGUCCGGGUAGAGGUGUAUUUUCUAAAUAAUUGCAGAUCCACAUUGCUGUGUGUUAGAAUAUAAAAUGUGAUCGCAAUUUAAAUAUGUCAUGUUAAACUUGUGUGUCUUAUUGAAUUGUGACUUUUUAGCUUCUAACCUUCAGGAAUAAAACUCUGAAUCUUCUUUGAACACAA